AUUUGCUACCAUCGUUUUGUGGUAAUAAUAAGAGUAAGGUUUUGAAGUCAGCUUGUUGGCGUAAUGCAAUUAUCGGAGUUGGUCAGGUCUUUCUUGAGUGGACUGUUGGUUUUCGCGAUGCGUUGUCUAUCAAUUCGUUGUUCCAUGUUUUCAAAUAUGUUUAUGCGAAAAACGAUGCCCAAUAGUGAAGGCUGUUUGUUCGAAAAGGCAUACAUCAAAGGAAUAUAAGUAGAUUGUGAAGGGCAAGUUAGAAAUGCCUAAUGGUUUCUUUAUUAUAAAACAAUUUGUUGGUGAGCACACUUGUGGGGAUGCUUCAUUGUCAUAUAGUAGUUCUCAUAGUACUUCUAAUUUUGUUGGUAGAUUGGUUUCUGAAGACAUGCGAUCCGAUGAAUCAAAACGUCCAAUUGAGAUUGUGAAGGAUAUGAAGAAAGACUAUGGAGUCGAGAUCACUUAUCAUCGAGUUUAGAUGGCGGUUAAAAAAGCCAGAGCACAUGUAUAUGGGGAUUAUAUAGAGUCAUUUAAGGAAUUGUCGUGGUUUGUUGGUGCUUUCAGAGCUUCGAAUCCAGAUAGUAUGUGUGUGUUAGAGCGUGAUGAUUCUUAGCAUUUCAAGAGGAUGUUUCUUGGGUUUGCCGCUUGCAAUUAUGGCUUUACCUUUUGCUGGCCUAUUUUGUUUGUCGAUGGCAUUUUUCUGAAGAGUACACACAAUGGAUGCUUGCUCUCGGCUUGUGCAAAAGACGGUAACCAACGUUUGUAUCCGCUUUGUCUUGCUGUUGUUAAUUCGGAGGAUAAUGAAAACUGGUAUUGGUUUAUGAAACAGUUGAGGGAUUUGCUUGAAGAUGGAAGGGUUUUGGUUUUUGUUUUUUAUCGGCAUGAUGGUUUGUUGCAAGCUGUCAAAAAAGCUUUCCCUUUUUCCCCACAUUCACAUUGUCUGGUUCAUUUAAAAGAAAAUUUGAAGAAACGUAUGGGAAGGUUGGACAACAGCAGGAAGAAGUAUCUAGUGAAUUUAUUCAAUUUGUGUACUUAUACACCAACUGUUCGAGAAUUUGAAAAGCUGAUGAACAAACUCAAGAACGAAGGUGGGGUAAAAGUUGCUGACUUUUUGGAUACAUUAGAUAAUGAGCUUGGUGCCAUGCUUAUUUUCCAGGAAAGAGAUACAAUGAAUUGAGUUCAAAUUUAGUGGAGUGCUUUAAUAAUUGGAUAAAAAAAGAACAAAGUUUGCCUAUUACUUUUCUUUUUGAUAAGAUUAGGCUAAAAAUAAUGAAAUAGAUGUCUGCAAGAAAAUCAACAUCAAUGAAAUGGAAAGGUGUGAUAUGUCCUAUCAUGGAAAAGAAAUUCAAGGGAUUGUUCAAAAUGUCAAAGAUGUGGGCUAUUAUUUCUAGGUCAAGUGAUGAUUUGUAUGAGGUGCGAUGCGAUCCUUCUGUGAGUGUAAAUAUAGCUUUCCGGAGUUGUUCUUGUGGAGAAUGGCAGAUUAAUAGUUUCUCAUGUGCUCAUGCAU